AUCGGAGGCCAGGGUGCCCACCAGGCUGCCUGACACCCACAGAUGGGUGGAGCUCAGUGCUGCUCCAGCGGGCGAGACGGGCGGGAGGACUGUGGCCCACCACGUGGAGCACUCUUGGUGAGGCAGGCGGACCUGGCCCUGUGGGUUUGGGGGUUCUGUGCCAGCUCUGCUCACGUCUUCGUGUGUGGAGGGGAUGUGAGUUAGGCUGUCAGAACAGUGCGGGCUAGAGGCGCACACGUUUCAUCUAGGCUUCGGGCGGGGCACAGCAGGUGGGUGAGGCUGCAGUGGUGGCUGCUGCCCAGGGUGGGAGGCUCAGGGGAGGCGCUUGGCGACAGGAGCAGGAAGUGAUGAGGUGGGGAGCUCAGCCGAGGGCUGCACAAAGACCUUCCUGGCCUGCCCCAGACGGAGCUGAGGACCCCUGGCCGUGGGCUUGCUUCUGUCUCUCUGCUGCUGGACUGUGCUGUUUGUAAGGCAUCCUCCACCCCGAGAAGUUCUGCUAAGAUCCCCAAGAAGGGGACAGAUCCUCUCUGGCAGAGACACUGGCAGACAAGAAGAGCCAGAGAGAAGUGGGGUGGGGCAUCAGCACCCCCAGCAGCUGCUGCUGCCUGCUGACCAGCCUCCAGCUCCUCCGGGUGCAGGGUCCCUCCUGCUGACCAGCCUCCAGCUCUUCCCAGUUCUGGGCUCCGCAGCGAGCGGCUUGGGGGCACUACCUGACACAGGAGACCAUGUCUGGGCAGAGGGUGGCUGCAGGUGGAGUCUGUGGCCUGUGGCGCACACCCAGGGGCUCUCCCGAUGCUGGUUACUAUCUGGGCUAUGGUGGCCACAGCUGUCCUGCCCCUCACGGCCGUGCUGGGCGUUACCGUGGUCACCCGCAGGGACACGGAGGGGCCAGGCAGAGCAGCCCUAGUUCACCUCACCGGGAGCCCCCGCCAGAAGGGCCUCGGCUUCACAAGAUGGGGCUGCCAGUGUCCUGGGCCCCUCCUGCCCUCUGGGUUCUAGGGUGCUGCGCCCUGCUCCUCUCGCUGUGGGCGCUGUGCACAGCCUGCCGCAGGCCUGAGGACGCUGUAGCCCCCAGGAAGAGGGCGCGGAGGCAGCGGGCGAGGCUGCAGGGCAGUGCGACGGCGGCGGAAGCGUCCCUACUGAGGCGGACCCACCUCUGCUCCCUCAGCAAGUCGGACUCCAGACUGCACGAGCUGCACCGGGGCCCGCGCAGCAGCAGGGCCCUGCGGCCUGCCAGCAUGGAUCUCCUGCGCCCACACUGGCUGGAGGUGUCCAGGGACAUCACCGGACCGCAGGCAGCCCCCUCUGCCUUCCCACACCAGGAGCUGACCCGGGCUCUGCCGGCAGCUGCAGCCACCGCAGGGUGCGCUGGCCUCGAGGCCACCUAUUCCAACGUGGGGCUGGCGGCCCUUCCCGGGGUCAGCCUGGCGGCCAGCCCUGUGGUGGCCGAGUAUGCCCGCGUCCAGAAGCGCAAAGGGACCCAUCGCAGUCCCCAAGAGCCACAGCAGGGGAAGACUGAGGUGACCCCGGCCGCUCAGGUGGACGUCCUGUACUCCAGGGUCUGCAAGCCUAAAAGGAGGGACCCACGACCCACCACAGACCCGCUGGACCCCAAGGGCCAGGGAGCGAUUCUGGCCCUGGCGAGUGACCUGGCCUACCAGACCCUCCCGCUCAGGGCCCUGGAUGUGGACAGCGGCCCCCUGGAAAACGUGUAUGAGAGCAUCCGGGAGCUGGGGGACCCUGCUGGCAGGAGCAGCACGUGCGGGGCUCGGACGCCCCCAGCUUCCAGCUGCCCCAGCCUAGGGAGGGGCUGGAGACCCCUCCCUGCCCUGAACACUCAAGGACCUGUGCUCCUUCCUCCAGAGUGAGGCCCGUCCCCCGCCCCGCCCCGCCCCGCCUCACAGCUGACAGCGCCAGUCCCAGGUCCCCGGGCUGCCAGCCCGUGAGGUCCGUGAGGUCCUGGCCGCUCUGACAGCCGCGGCCUGCCCGGGCUCCAGAGAAGGCCCGCGUCUAAAUAAAGCGCCACCGCAGGAUGAAAGCGGCCAGCCUC